AUGUCUCAGCAGGACGUACAUAUGAACGAAAGAAUUGAAUCUCCAGAAUCACAAGAUGAUCCUGUGGUGAGAACUCUACCUGUAUACUAUUCGCCUGCCCUUCGGAACCAUUUACUCUUGAAUCAAUAUCCUUUAAGACCAAAGAAUCGCGAAUACAGCAGUAGGACGGGAGAAACACCGAUGAAUGCGCGCAUCAAGCCCAAAACCGGGUGGAUGGAGAUGGAAGUGCCUAUUCCUACAGCAAAUUACUUUGACGAAGACAAAGCAAAAAAAUAUAGUGCUGAAAACCAGCCAUUAAGGACACAAGUGCUUGCGGGCCGCCUUCAACAGCCGCAAACAAACCUGAUGGUAGGAUUGAUUCGUAAUGGUCAAAUUCAUAUUGUUCCUUUGCGCGGAUUAACACAAUUACGUCCUUCUAUGCGACAUGUAGAUGACCAUACACAACGGGUAAAAGCCUCUACUACUUCUACAACAUCACAGCCUAACGCUUCCUCUUCCCGUGGACCCGUUCGUGCCAUCCAAGUGACAGCUAAGCAAAAUACAGAGGCUCCCAAGCUGUCGACGACCCAUAUAAUUCGGGCAACAGAAGAGGAAGAGUGGCAAUCGGUUGAGAUUCGGGAAAAUGAAGAAGCCCACACAGUUGCUAAACAGUUGGAGUGUCCCUUAGAACAUCAACCUAAUGAGUGCACACCAGCGGACGUAGAAUACUCGUUUCUUUAG